AUGCGUCUCUUUCUCAUCCGUCAUGGCGAGACUGUCGACAACGUGGCCAGCGUCUACGCCGGUUCUCUCGACUCGGCCCUGACGUCGCAUGGAGUCAUCCAGGCCCGCCUGCUGGCCUCGCAUCUUGCCGAGCACGCCCCCGCAGACACACACAUACUGUCAUCCGACCUGCAGCGCGCCGUCAAGACGGCCGAGGCUAUACGGGAUUCACGACGGUAUUGUGCCGGCGAUGACGAAGGAGCUAGGCAAAUCCAAAUAGUCUCUCUCAUUCGUGAAAAAGAUUUUGGCAGCGACGAGGGUGUCCGCAUUGGUAGUCGCAUGCCCUGUGGAGACAGUGAGUCGGUUGAGUCGAUGAACGAGCGGGUAGACAGUUUUUUGGAUAACCAUAUCCUCCCGCUUUGCCAUCGCUCAUCUGCGGACCACGGCGUCGCUGUUGUUGCUCAUGGCAUUAUUCUUGGAGUUCUCUUCAGAAGGCUCCGCCAUCGGCUCCCUAGUGGCGCAGUGACGUCUGCGACAACAGAUAUUGAUCUAUCAUUGUCACCUUCAUGGGGAAACACAGGCUAUCUCGAGGCUACUUUGUCGUGGUCUGACUCCGAGCAGGAAGCCUCGUGGUCCGCAAUGAAGCUCGUUAUUCACCGCAUCAAUAGCCUAGGUCACCUACGUGGCUUGCGCAAGACGCGAGGCGGCAUCGGCAGCGCCCGCUUCGACAGUGGUCAACGAACAAUGGAUUCGUUCUUUGCUCCCAAGAAGCGGAAGCUGGCCGAUGCACCCAGUAAUAGACCUGUUCUGAAAUAUUACGUGUGGAAAAAUUUGUCCAACCGCUGUCUGAAAUCUUCGCUCAAUCAAUCUUGA